UUUUUCAGCCUCCUAGAGGUAUUUUAUUAUAUGGGCCUCCUGGUACUGGAAAAACUUUGAUAGCAAGAGCAGUAGCUAAUGAAACUGGAGCUUUCUUCUUUUUAAUUAAUGGCCCCGAGAUAAUGAGUAAAUUGGCUGGUGAAUCUGAGAGCAACCUGCGUAAAGCUUUUGAAGAAGCUGAGAAAAAUGCUCCUUCAAUUAUUUUUAUUGAUGAACUGGAUGCCAUUGCCCCCAAGAGAGAGAAGACUCAUGGAGAAGUCGAGAGACGUAUUGUAUCCCAGCUGCUGACAUUGAUGGACGGCCUGAAGCAAAGAUCUCAUGUAAUAGUGAUGGCUGCCACCAACAGACCAAACAGUAUUGAUGCCGCUUUGAGACGUUUUGGUCGUUUUGACCGAGAAGUUGAUAUUGGCAUACCCGAUGCCACUGGCCGCCUUGAAAUUCUUCGCAUCCACACAAAGAACAUGAAAUUGGCAGAUGAUGUUGACCUUGAAAAGAUAGCUGCAGAAACCCAUGGUUUUGUGGGUUCUGAUCUGGCUGCUCUGUGUUCAGAAGCUGCUUUACAGCAGAUUCGUGAGAAAAUGGAUCUCAUUGAUCUUGAAGAUGAGCAGAUUGAUGCCGAAGUUCUUAAUUCCCUUGCUGUAACCAUGGAUAACUUUAGGUGGGCAAUGGGCAAAAGCAGUCCAAGUGCUCUUCGUGAAACUGUUGUUGAAGUGCCAAGUGUCACAUGGGAGGAUAUUGGUGGUUUGGAGCCAGUCAAGAAGGAACUGCAGGAGAUGAUUCAGUAUCCAGUAGAAUAUCCAGAUAAGUUUUUGAAAUUCGGAAUGACCCCUUCAAGAGGAGUGUUGUUCUAUGGUCCACCUGGAUGUGGUAAAACUCUACUUGCUAAAGCAAUAGCCAAUGAAUGUCAGGCCAACUUCAUCUCCAUCAAAGGACCUGAAUUGUUGACCAUGUGGUUUGGUGAAUCAGAAGCAAAUGUCAGGGAUAUUUUUGAUAAGGCCCGAGCUGCUGCACCCUGUGUGUUAUUUUUUGAUGAACUGGACUCCAUUGCAAAAGCCAGAGGUGGAAAUGUUGGUGAUGCAGGUGGUGCUGCUGACAGAGUAAUUAAUCAAAUCUUGACAGAAAUGGAUGGCAUGAGCAGCAAAAAGAAUGUUUUCAUAAUUGGUGCAACCAAUCGGCCUGAUAUCAUCGAUCCAGCUAUUCUACGACCUGGAAGAUUAGACCAGUUGAUCUACAUUCCAUUACCAGAUGAAAAAUCUAGAGAAUCAAUUUUGAAAGCUAAUUUGCGAAAGUCACCUGUUUCAAAGAAUGUAGAGCUUACUUACAUAGCUAAGGUGACCCAGGGAUUCAGUGGAGCAGAUCUGACAGAAGUUUGCCAGAGAGCCUGUAAGUUAGCUAUACGGGAAUCGAUUGAAGCUGAAAUUAGAAAAGAAAAAGAAAGACAACAGAAUCCAGAGGCGCCUGCAGCAAUGGAUACGGACGAAUUCGACCCGGUGCCCGAAAUUCGUCGUGACCACUUUGAGGAAGCCAUGAAAUUCGCUCGCAGGUCUGUCAGUGAUAAUGACAUUAGAAAAUAUGAAAUGUUUGCUCAAACAUUACAGCAAAGUAGAGGAUUUGGAUCUAGUUUUAGGUUUCCUUCUUCUCAGCCGUCUACCGGAGGCAGUCAGAAUGUUCCUUCAUUUCAAGAAGACGGUGAUGAUGAUUUAUACAGCUAAGGUUUCCUCAUCAAAGUUAGCAGCAUCAACAUUUAAUGACUUAAUGAUGGGGUUUCUUCAAAAUUUUUUUCUUAUGCACUGUUUCUACUGUAUGCUCUUUCUGGAGCAAGUGAUUCAGCUUUCACAUUUUUAUUGUCACCACUGAAAUACAUUAUUUUAUCCUGGAGGAAAGAACUUUGAAAAAAAUUAAUUAAUGUCUCAUGGUUUGUUGAAAUGUUUUUGCUUGGGGAGAAUGGCUCCCAGGAUGCUGGCCCCUUCCCAUGGUGCAGGUGGUCGUGCUUCGUGGACCAGCCGACAUUGUUUUUCCUACUGUGUUAAUUUUUUUCCCCUUUUUGUAAUGUCUUACUUCACUGAUUGAUUCAUUUGGCAGGACUUAAAUUUUUAGCUCAUCUAUGACAUAUGUACAAAUAAUCAUAGGUAAUAUUUUUUCUUUUCAUUUCUGUAAUCCUAUUAUUUUUUUGUUAUUUGUAUUUCAUUAAUGUGAUGCAAAUUCUGAAACUUUGUAAGAUUCUUGAGCUUUGGUUAGAAAAUAAACUGUAAUAUUGCAUUGCUUUUCUUUUUAA